AUGGAUCCCACCGUCGACGGCGAGAACACUUCCUCUGGGGAACGUCGGCCUGGGAAGACCCCGAGCUUGACCGGGCGGCCGCACCGCUCAAUGCAGUCGACCAUGAAGAAGCCAGAACGGAAGCAAAGACAAGACGAAGAGGAGUCACGGUCGCUUGUACUGCUGCUGGCCACGCUGGCGGCAACUGUGACGUACCAGGCAGGGCUGAGCCCGCCGGGCGGCGUCUGGCCGGAAGGGCAACUGAAUCACACCCCGGGGAACCCAAUCCUCCAUGACAUGCACCUCAAGAGGUACAAGGCGUUCUACCACUGCAACACGGCGGCGUUCGUGGCGUCGGUGGUCGUCAUCAUCAUCGUCCAGAACAAGCAUCUAAACACCCUCGGGCAUGCUGCGCUCAAGAUGGCCAUGAUACUGGACUUGUUCGGCCUCAUGGGCGCCUAUGUCGCCGGGAGCUGCCGGGACAACGCCACCAACAUCUACGUCUCCGCUUUGGCCGUCGUCUUCUUCGUCUACAUCAUCGCCAAGGUCGUGGCCUACGCAUCUCAGGGCAGGGAGAGCUGCCCGACACGGUGGGUGCAACGCAUGCGCGAUAAGCUUAUAGAACAUCUCACCCCCAACGAGCCGCCCCGGCAAGGGGAAGGAGAACCACCUCUCGAUGAAGAAAAGGGCGAACAAAAGAAGCUUGAGAGGAAGCGCAAGUUCUUGCUGCAGCUUGCCAUCCUCGCCGCCACCGUCACGUACCAGACCGGGCUAAACCCGCCCGGCGGGUUCUGGUCAGAGACAGAGAGCAAGGGCGAAAGGCCACUCACUGCCGGCGACCCGGUUCUCCUCGACCACUACGGGAGUAGGUACGAGGUGUUCUUCUACUGCAAUGCCACAGGGUUCAUGGCGUCCGUUGCGGUCAUCCUGCUCCUGGUGAACCAGAGGCUGUACAAGCAGGGCAUCCGGAGCAAGGCACUCAAGGUAUGCGUCAUGGUCGGGCUGCUGGGCCUCAUGGGCGCCUACGCGGCCGGCAGCUGUAGGCUGCUGCGCACCUCCAUCUAUGUCUUUGCGCUAGUGGCCGCGGUGGUCGCCUUCCUCGUCCUGCAGAUCUUGUUCUUCCGCUGUGGUCGCCGCAAGUUGCCAGAGCAGCCGCACGGCGAGAACGAAGGCGAUGAGGUUCCGGGGCAGUCAUGGGUUCCAGAGUGCCUCCAGCGGUGGCUGAAGCCGCUGUCGUCAGCGCCGGACGGCAAGAACGAAGGAGAUGAGGUCUCCUCUCAACCGAAACGACGCCGCCAGGAUUACGAGAAAAGCAAGUCUCUGAUGCUGCUCGGCAUCCUUGCGGCGAGCGUGACGUACCAGGCAGGUCUCGCGCCUCCAGGCGGCACCUGGGGUGACGACGAUGAUGUGGUGGUAUCGCCGUCGGCUGCAUACAUCUCCCAUGCCGGCAACCCGAUCCUGCUCGACACCAACACGAAACGGUACCAGGCCUUCUUCUACUGCAACGCGACGUCAUUUGUGGCCUCCAUCGUUGUCAUCUUGCUGCUGCUGCAGCGCAACGUGAGCAAGCGAGGCGCGUCGCUGCAGGCAAUGCAUACCGCAGUGGUGCUGGACCUGCUCGGCCUGCUAGGUGCCUAUGCCGCCGGCAGUUGCAGAUACUUGGAGACGUCCGCGUACGUCAUCGCCCUCGUUGCCAUGGUGGUUGUCUUCAUUACCAUCCACGUCCUUCUGUCGAUUGGACGACGUGCCUGGGAAGGCCAAGAAGGUCACGGUGUGGAGGACAAUGAUGAUGAUCGGUCAGACCAAACUGUAUCAGCCACCAGGUUGUAACUAAUUAAUUCUGUCUGUUUAAAUUCCUUUGAAUUGCAGUUUUUCCUAAUAAUUCCCUUGAUUUGCAAA